CGCUGUCAGCAGCUGGGCUGGGGCAGCAGGGCAGAGUCAAAGUGUCUGAACGCAGCAGCUGCCCGCAGGGAAAAAUGAAAGUGGCCCUGCACCCUGGGGGGAUCAAGGCUGAGGAUAGGGAGGGAACGGGGCUGCCAGGGCCGCUUUCGCUUUCCCUUCGCCUCGGCCCGGCUGGGAACAGGAUCGGCACAGCACGGCAGCCGAGCAGUUCGGGGUGCAGCCGCAGGGACACCGCCCCGGUGCUGAUGAGAGAGCACCGGCUGCCCCAUGAGCCGCACGGUCGCUCUCCUGCUCCUCACCCAGAUCAGCUCCCAGUGGGGGCUGAGAACAGACGAGCUACCUGUGCUGCUGCCCGCGACCUCGAAGGCCGUGCUGGGGGGCACAGCGCUGCUGAACUGCACCUACCCGCCCGCGGCGGACCUGAUCCUGUACUGGACCCGGCUGGGUCCGGACAGCGAGAGGAACGUCUACACCUACAACAGAGGGGAACACCUGGUCUCACAUGAGGACCUUGCCUAUCAGGGCCGGACCACUGUCCCAGCUGGGCAGCCCGGGCGCGGGGACGGGGCCCUCCGGCUACACAACGUGACGCUGGCUGACGAGGGCAGGUACCGGUGCCGGGUAAAGAGCAACCGCGGCAUGGGCAUAGCAGAGACGGAGCUACGGCUCAUAGGCCUCUAUCAUCUAUCCUGGCUCCAGCCCCAGCUCUGCUCCCCCUCCCUGCAGAACGUGACACUCACCUGCCUCGCAGAGGGCGGCUAUCCCCUCGCCACCGUCACCAUCCACGACAGCACUGGCAGGGACUACGGGGCUGGGACACGAGCUGCCAAGGACCCCCAAGGGCUGUAUAGCACCGCCCAUACAGCUGAUGUGCCCUGCUCCCCCACCGCCAGCUACACCUGCACCGUCAACACCACCCUCCACCAGCAGAACCUCACCGGGACGCUUGGCCUGGAAGAGCCGCAGCCAGCAUGGAAGGGCUGGGCCGGUGUUGGCGUUGGUAUUGGCAUGGGCGUGGCGGUGGUAGUGCUGGGGAGCGGAGCACUCUGGGUAAGCACCUGCCCCACUCCUGACUCACUCCCACGGCACUCUGGAGGCCCCACACGCUCACCCUGGCCUUGUCUUUCCUUCCUACAGGCUGGGCACCAGAGGAGGAAGGGGCAGAGGCACCAGGGACCCAGCCCCCCACGGGAGGCGGACCCAGCCCGGGAAGAGGCCCUGUUGGAGGGCACCGGCCCCACCUGCACAAGGAGGGGGGACCUACCAGACAUCCUCCAGGAGCCACCCCCACCCAGCAAACAUCUCACACCGCACCCGUCGGUCACUGAGCCCUGCCCCACACCUCACCCUGGGCCCAGCAGUGCCUAGCAGCCCCCUGCGGCUCGGGGCGGCCGCAGUGCUGGGAGCCAGGACGCCUGGGUUCACCUCCUGACGGCCUGAGACGGUUUCCCCCUUCAAUGGGUUGGAGCUUCGCUCGGCAUCA